AUGGCUCUCUUCUCGACGUUGAAGGAUGCUGAACCUGAAAGAUCCGAACCACAAGAGUUCGCCUACGCUCUCCGAUGCGUUCAAUUGCUCGCAGGCUAUGGAUCUCAGCCGAUCAGUUGCAAAUUGAAGCCAUCUGUAUUGGGACAGAUCCAGCACAAGUAUGAGGCGUUGUCAUACGCAUGGGGCGACACCACGAAGAAAGUCGAGAUUAUUCUGGAAGGACAACCAUUCAAGAUCACCAAAAACCUCGAAACGGCUUUACGUCGCCUGCGGUUGGCAAAAGAAGAUCGCUUGUUAUGGAUAGAUGCAGUAUGCAUCAAUCAACAUGAUCGCCCCGAAGUCAAUCUGCAGGUCAAGAGGAUGUGGUCAGUGUACAGAUACGCUUCGAAGGUCAUUGUUUUCCUAGGCGAGGGUACGACUGGUACUCAUCACGCCGUCGAUCUGAUACAGGCUUUGGCGAGAGAGGGUAACCGGCUUGGCCAUCGGCGCGUCACGUCUUUAUUGUUCACCAAAGAUGCUCAGCCCACGAAAAAGGCUCUACAAGGGUUAAUGAGCAGUCCAUGGUGGAGCAGAUCCUGGGUCAUCCAAGAGUUCGCAGUUGCGACUGAGGUUGCCUUUGUCUGUGGUGACCUGGAGUGGUCCGGUGAAUCCUUUUCCGAGGCACUGCGGACCCUGGUAGAUGUCAGAUUCAAUGCAGCUCUACCGCGCGGACAGGAAUACUUUAUGAGGGAGAUCGCAUCGACACCAAUAAGUCACCUGAUGACGGCGCGCAAAGACUACCAAGAUAGCCAUUCGGAGGCGUCAAGGUCCAAAGGCGCCCCCAAACGAGACCCGCUCAGCCUUCUCUACAGGUUUCGGAGUUUCAAAGCUUCCGACCCUAGAGACAAGGUAUACAGCUUGUUCCAUCUAAUCGGAGAGGUCUCGAUGCUACAACCGGACUACAACCGCCCUGUCAAAGAUCUCUUCAUAGAUGUAGUCAAAGCUUCCGUCGGCUCGUCGGGAACUCUCGAGGUUCUCUGCCAUCACAACAGGACAAAAAGUUGCAUGCCCGACUUGCCGACUUGGUGUCCUGAUUGGACCGUGCAACGAGGCCAAAGGAUUCUCCUAUGGCAGAACGACUAUGCAGCUGGGGGUAACGGAAGCAAGCCUUCAGCUAAAUUCGAAGGAGAUGAGCUACUGUUGCAAGGUAAGGUCCUGGAUAAUAUUGAGUGGGCGGUGUCUUUUGAGCCAAAGAUGUUCAGGAAACCGGGGUUGGUCUUUGAUCAGAUUAUGACAAUCCAAGCCCAGGUGCUAGAACGGGCGUCUUUACUUCCGAGUGGAAGUCAGGGGGCUACUUCGUUGGUCGACUCGUUUCGAAGAACUUUGGUGGGAUCCCGCGUCAGGAUAAGAGGGCCGCGUCACGAGGCGACGGUUCUCGGUCAAGGUGAAGCUGACAAGUUCUGGGACGCCUGGUAUGUUUUGAUGACUGACCAAGAGUCAUCGGGAAUGCAUGGAGCUGCGAAAGCCUAUAAUGACGCUUUAUACAGCGCAUUAGCUGGAAGAGUCUUCUUCAUUUCUGAGAAGGGCCGCAUGGGGCUGGCUGACAACCCGGCAAAGGCCGGCGAUGUCGUUGGCAUUUUUGCUGGUAGCCGUGUCCUCUUCUGCUUGCGGGAGAAGGCGGGAGGAAGGUCAAAGAGCGAUGAAGAUUCGAGACGCACUUAUAGUCUGGUUGGUGAAUGGCGAGUGCUCCCCUAA